UUUAUAAACGCGUGGGGGCGAGGCGAGGUGAGGCGUGCUCACAUGACACGAGGCCGCGCUCGCGCCCGGGGAGAGAGAGGUUAACCACCGCCGCUCCAAGAACGCCACGAGUUGGGUGGGAUUCGGCCGCGGAGUUGGAGGCCGCGGGGGAGAUUCGGUUCGAGGAGAGAGACCGUCGGGAGGAGAGAUGGCGGCGUCCGCGAGGCCCGGGGAGAGGGCGACCAGCUUCGCCGUGGCAUGCAGCCUCCUCAGCCGCUUCGCCCGCCAGAACGCCGCCGCCGCGGCCGAGCUCGGCCUCGGGAUCAAAGGUGACGCCGAGCCGCAGAAGUUGCCGGCGACGGUGAGCUUGCUGCCCGGAGCGGAGGGCGAGGAGACGGAGAGGAGGAAGGAGACCAUGGAGCUGUUCCCGCAGAGGGCCGGGUUCGGCUUGCAGGAGGCUGCUGCUGCCCCUGAUGCUGCAAGGGAGCAAGAAAAGAAAGAGAAAACUCAGCAGCUCACCAUCUUCUAUGGCGGGAAGGUGCUCGUGUUCAACGACUUCCCAGCCGACAAGGCAAAGGACCUGAUGCAGCUGGCCAGCAAGAGCAGCCCUGUGGUUCAGAAUCAGAACGUUGGUUUGCCUCAACCCUCUGCACCAACAACUGUCGCCGACAACGCGAAGGUCCAUAAGGUCGUGCUGGCCCCGGUCAGCAGCUUGCCUGUUACUCAGGUUCAUGCUCAGAAACCUGCUCGUCCAAAUGCUUCUGAUAUGCCUAUUGCCAGGAAGGCAUCCCUUCACCGAUUCCUUGAGAAGAGAAAGGAUCGCCUCAAUGCAAAGACACCAUAUCAAACUUCUUUAGAUGCAAAACCAGUCAAGGAGGAGCCUGAGAACCAGCCAUGGCUUGGACUAGGACCCAAUGCCGUGAAGUCCAACCUGUGCUAGUACAGAAUGCAGCCAAUAAGACGACAGAGCAACCUUACCAAACCUUUGCAGAGUGAUCUGAAAUAUGCUUGCCAUUAGAGUACCGAAUCAUAAAUAUUCUCUCGUAUCGUGUUUUAGUGUUUUCUUUAGGUCGUGGUUCUAUGCCCUCUUGUUACAUAGCUUUGGAUGUAAAGAAAAGUAGCCAGUCAUGACCAUUACAGAGAACCUGAGAGAAGUUUUGGGUUAUUAACAUAAGGCGACACUGAAUUGGCCAUGCUGAGGAAACAAAAUAGUGCAAAAAGACAAAUAUGUAGUUUCUGAAACUCGGAUCAUUUGGCUAUAGCCUUGCUGUAUGCAAAACAAAUUAUUGUAAUGGAUCCAGAAUAUCAUAAGACUACUAUUGUUAUUUUCUGAA